AUGAAAGCCCGCACCCUCGCCCUCUCCGCCCUCACCAUCUCCAUCCCCCUCGCCACCGCCUACUCCGGCGACCUAACCUUCUACACCCCCGCCGCCGUCGCCCAAUUCUCCUCGUGCAACAUCGCCGCCGCCCCCGGCGAGAACAUCGUCGCCAUCUCCCACCUCCAGAUGAACAACGCCGCCAACCCCAACGCCAACCCCCUCUGCGGCACCACCAUCACCAUCUACAACCCGGACGCCCACAUCGCGGUCGAGAACGUCAAGAUUGUGGACACGUGCAUGGGGUGCGCGGACGGGAGCAUCGACGUCAAUGUGGAGCUGUUCCAGGCGCUGGGGUACGCGCCCGCGCUGGGGAGGUGUUCGACACUACGUUGA